AUGCCGGACUCGCCGUCACAGCCUGGCACGUCACCCGGAUAUACACCUACAGCAACGACAGGAAUCAAGCGAUCACGGUCACCUGAUGAGUCCCCCAAUCCCCUAUUGCAGCGCCCUUCUGCCAGUCACAGCGGAAGCAAACCGGCCUCUGCAAUGAGCGCCAGGGGUCCCCAGUCGUCAACCAGUGCGCCUGCAUCUGCAUCUUCCUUUCGCAAUGUCUCCGCCUGCAACCGCUGCCGUUUGCGCAAGAAUCGAUGCGAUCAACGUCUUCCUCGUUGCCAAACAUGCGAAAAAGCCGAUGCGAAGUGUGUCGGCUUUGACCCAAUCACGAAACGCGAGAUACCUCGAAGCUAUGUCUUCUUCUUGGAGGCGCGUGUCACGUACCUUGAAAGGUUAUUGUUGAAAAACGGCAUUGAGUUUAAGCCCUCUUCUGCCUUUGAUGGCGAGACGGAAGUGCGCGGAACAGCUCAGGAUUCAGAACAAGACGUGGCAGAGGCUGGCAGCACCUCGAGGGACAAGAAGAAGAAAGAGAAAGCCCUGACAGAAAAGAAGGACACUAUCAACAGUCAGCAGCGCGAUGCCCCGGCCUCUGGCAAGAGUCACGAGCAGGAUUCCAAAGAGCACUUGGAUCAGUUAGUGUCCAACAUUGGAAUGGUCUCAGUACAGGCCAUGUCAGAUUCGCGUUACCUGGGUUCCACAUCUGGUCUAUCAUUUGCUAGACUUGUAUUUGCGGCCGUCAAAAGUUCUGUGAACACAAGUGGAUCCGAGCCCAGCUCGGCGCGGUUGCAUGAUCGUAAGUCCUCAACUAGCACAGGUAGUACGAUACGAGAAUCUAUUUUCGGUCUGCAAUCCCGUCCCUUGAUGAGGCAAGCUGCGUUUCCCGAGCGCGAACUUGCUGAUAAGCUGGUUGCACUGUAUUUUGAGCAUGCGAAUCCGCAGAUGCCUAUUCUACACCGAGGUGAAUUCAUGGAGCUUUUAGACCGAGUGUACAAAACCGAAGAAUCCGCAAGGGGAUCUCGUGAUUUGUAUUUAUUGAAUAUUGUUUUUGCUAUCGGCGCCGGUAUCAUCUUUGAAGGGAGAAGGUCAUCAGAAGAAGGUGAAGAUGAAGACCAUGACGGGAAUGUUAGUUCUGGAAAGAAGUCAUCACCGUUUCACUCUGCCAAGAAACAGAAGCUGUCAGGCUUCCAGUUUCAGCCGGAAGAGUACCAUGCAUCUGCAGUCGUGCACUGGGAGGCUUUCUUGAGCUCAUCGCCUCUGUCCGAUGGUUCUGGAGGAGGUCUGGACGAGCUACAGGCCUAUUUGUUGUUGGCUAGUUUUGCACUCCUGCGCCCUGUUGCUCCAGGCCUUUGGUAUAUUGUCGGAGUUGCCGUCCGCCUUGCGAUUGAUCUUGGUCUCCACCAUGAGGAUGGUUCUGGUGUAGACUCGAUUGGAGAAGAAGAUGUCCAGUCCCCAAACCAUCAGACUCAUCCGGAUCGCGGUCGACUUCAGUGGGUUCGUGACAAUCGUAGACGGCUUUGGUGGUGUGUUUACAGUUUUGAUCGACUUGUCAGCACCUGUGUUGGCCGUCCCUUUGGAAUAACAGAUCAGGUUAUAACCACCGAAUUUCCUUCCAUUCUCGAUGACCGAUUCAUCACAAAGAGUGGCUUUCGCCCGCCGAAUCCAGAGAAGCCCAGUUAUAAGCACGUUUCUUACCAUUAUUUUAGAUUGCGGUUAUUGCAAUCAGAAAUCCAAGAAGUUCUGCAAUAUCAACAAGCACGUUUUGUGCGACGGUCAGGGAAGAACAGUCAAAAUCAAUUUAUGCACACUAAACUUCAAUCGGCCUUUCUUGACCGAUUUGAUUCAUUCCGUUCGUGGCGUCGGGACGUUCAUCGCCGCUUGCUGGAAUGGAAAGAGGCUUCGCCGACGAAGAAGAACACAGGAGUGCAGUUCUCCAUUGAACUUUUUGAAUUGAAUUACUACCAGGCUUUGAUUAUGCUAUACAGGCAGACGCUUACCGUUCCUGCCGCGCUGGCCGGCGAACUCAGUCCAACGGAGGAUGUUUCAAGCCCGCCAUCUUUUGACAUUGAUGAUAGAGAAGAUGAAGACGACAUUUAUCUUCAGAUAGCCGAAGCAGGCCAAAAGGUCAUUAAGAUUUACCGGCAAUUGCACCGUGUCCGUCUCGUGAAUUAUACAUAUUUGACGACUCACCAUCUUUUUAUGGCUGGUAUAUCAUUUCUCUUUGCAAUCUGGCACUCGCCUGUUGUGCGUAGUCGCUUGACUCUGGACGAUGUCGAUUUCACUGUACUUGCUGCAACGUCCAUUCUGAGCGAUCUGAUGGAAGUUUGUCCACCAGCAGAGAUAUGUCGGGAUGCAUUUGAAAGAAUGAGCAGAGCUACAGUCCGCAUGGGCUCAAAAGGGUUUGCAUCGCAAGCUGUGGGCGGGGUUUCUCUUACAGCAUCUACCAAGUCAUUAGCGUCAACGACCGACAACACCAAUCGUACUGGGGCUCAGAACACUCACGGAACAUCCGGACAGCGGACAAACACCCAAAGACCCACGCGGCGGCCUCCUACCUUUGAUAUGGAUCUCAGUGAUCUGUACCAGAGUCCUACCAGCCAGCAACAAGCAAACCAUCCUAGACAACGAUCUUAUCAACCGGCAGUGACAGCCCAAUCCGAACAGUAUCAAACCGGCUCCGGGUUCCCCCAGACCUACACGGGAUACGAACAGCCUUCGCAGCAGCAACAACCAUAUUAUAUGACCCAUUCACCUCAGAGCGUGGGAUCGGCACCCCCUGCUUUUACACCACCAGCACAGCACGAACAGCCGCAUAGCUUAACGGAUCUCAGCCUCGAUUUUCUUGACUUCGCCAACCAUCAUAGCAUCAACCAAGACACCGCCAUGGGCAAUCACGACGGUAGUGGAGCAACUUUGGAGACCAUGGGGCUAGGGCUGGGGGCUUUCAACCAGCAUGACGUGGAAGGCACUGGGAUAAACCUAGCAAGUUUUGGUUUAGAGGCGGAUUACCUGCGAGAUCUAACCACUGAUGGCUCAGGAUAUGAUCUGAUGGAUGGCUACUGGUUUGGCAUGUCUGGUGGAGGAGGAGCUACUGGGAUUUAG